AUGUUAUCCAAUUGGAAAUGCAGACAGACCAUCACGGCUGCAACAAUGGACUGCUACAAGUCUAGCAUAAUCUCUGACGAAACACUUGUUCUGGGCAGAAACAAAGGGUUUGUUGAAGUGUACAAAAUAGGCGCAAGCCUGAAGAAGAAAAUUGAGUUCAAAAGCCACUCCCCCUGCUUCGACUAUCUGAGAAGCACAGAAAUCGCAGAGUCUGUGGAUAAUAUCAGCGUGCUGCCUUCUGGAACAAAAGAAAUUCUUGUUCUUAGCGGAAACCAGAAGAACGUCAAGCUGUGGAAUGUCCAUCCAUCAUAUAUUAAUACAGAAAACCCCCCACACAUUGUGGAGUGCUGCACAGACUCGUCUUUUUCCUGCGACACGAUAGAGGAAGCUUCCAAUGAUGGACGCAGCCCAUCCGAUAGAAUGAAAAACAUCUUUUUGGGAAAGACGGAGCGGAAGGCGCGCGUCAAGCUAGAGAAAGACUACACGCCUGAAAAUGUCUACAACAUACACAGUCUUUCUGUCUCGCCAUCUGGAGAAACCAUUCUCAUGGCAGACGAGCUCUCAAUUACGCUGAUGAGCGCAAAGCUUGAGAGCCCGCAGACUGUUCUCAAUCUGAAGCCCACAAAAAAUGAAGAGCUGUCCAAGGUGAUUACCACUGCCCGCUUUGUAGAGAAGUCAAACAACAUGUUUAUAUACGGAACUGCAGGCGGCGCCAUGUUUUUGCAUGACCUUCGGGACUGCUCUCGUGGAGGAAGUGUACUAACUGUGAAUCCGCAGAAGCGCGCAGACUUCUAUAAUGAGGUUGUGCAGCCCAUUGCAGACAUCCAGCUGGUCUCUGAUAACAUCAUUGCGUCCCGGGACCUGCAGUACAUCGUUACCACAGACAUCCGAUCCCCAGGAAGUGCUCUCAUGGAGUACGAUGUAUAUCCUCUUGUUCGCAAAAACAUUAGCGACCUGUAUGACUCAGAUGAGAUAUUCUCUAAAUUUAAAAUGGCUGUAUCUGGCGAUAAAAUCUAUACUGGAUCCUUUAACACAGUUCUUACAGAGGUAGAUACAAAGACAAACACAACAAACCGGGUCUUCCUCGAAGAAGAUCUAGAGUCAGCCACUCGAAUUAUAGAAGACAAAAAAAUCACCUGCAUCUCACUGAAAAAUGACUGCAUGAUAACUGCUCAUGGAAAUCAGUGCUAUAUAUUUAGAUCUACUGUAUAA